AUGCAUUUCGGUGGUGGCCUACUCGUUAGACAAAAUUUUGCACACUAUGCUCCAUACACAGCGGCAGUGGAGAAAGAGUUCUUUGAAGCUGUCCGCAGAGAAGUUGAUAAGGCUGAGAAAUUUUACGUGGAUAUAUUAGACAUUUUAAAGACUGACUUUCAGGAUUUGAUCUUGCAGAGUUAUAGAUUGAAACAACGCAAAUCAACCACUUCUUCUCCCUCCUCCCUUCUUACUUCUCCUGAACCGCAUUAUCGUCCAAUUGCCUCCUCGUUACAUUGCCUGAUCCAAACCUUAAACUUGUUAAAAUACAAUUACCUUCCAUUUAGCAAGCUGGCAAUUAAAAAGAUUUUCAAGAAACACGACAAGAUUGUCGGAGCCGUUGCAGUGAACCAAGAGAUGGAAGCGUUAAAGUACGAUGUUAUAGACACGAUAACCAAGAAGAAGGCGUUCUGGGUCAAGGGAGAGAAGAGCGUUGGAGAAUUAUUGAAUGAGGCUGAG